AUGUUUACUAGGCCCAUAGUCUAAUAAAAGAAAUUAAACUCCUAAAAAAAAGACAUAAAUUACUUCAACCAACUUUAUAAUUAGAUUUAAGUCUAUUGCAUCAUCAUAGCAAUUUGGCUGAUUCUGCAAUCGUUACUGUAACUAGAAAUCAUCAAUCUCAGGAUGUUCCUAAUGUUUAAGCAAAUUAUGUUUCAAAAAAAGAAUCUACAUAUAAAAAAUCAAUUAGAAUGA